CGCCUCCUCCUCCUCCUCCUCAGCCUGCCGCAGCAGGUUCCUGCCGCCGCUGGCCGGCGGCCGCGGGGAACCCUCACCAUGAACGGCCUGACGGCUCGUCGCACCACAGACGGCCGGAAGCACACCGAGGCGCUCCAGGAACCUCGUUUGGCUCUCCAUCGCCGUCUGAGCGCGCUCAGUGGUUGUGUUUGUCGCCCCUCCCCUUGGCGCCGUCGGCCAAUUGCCUUCCUCUGCUACGUCCUGUCCGUCAGCGCUCUGCGGCCGCUGGCCAAUCGGGUGGCGUUGUACCGGUCCUUCCCGACCCGCCUCCUCUCUCGGGCCUGGGGUCGGCUGAACGGGGUGGAGCUCCCCACCUGGCUCCGAAAACCCGUCUACUCCCUCUACAUCUGGACCUUUGGGGUCAACAUGCAGGUCAAGACCAUGUUUUCUGUUGAUAUUAUCUUCUUAGUUUGUAACUUAUUUUAACAUUUUAGAUUGGAUUGAUCUGGGUGGUCGUUUG